ACAGUUGUUUCUCGCAAAGUCGUUUUGAUUUAUCAUUUAAAUGACUCGGUGUAAAUUUUAUUGAUCGUUUUAUUCCUGCAAAUAAGAAAUCAAAUUGUUCGGAAAACAAUUGAUUGAUCCGGAUUCAGAAGAAAUAGUAGUUGAUAGACAAUUAACAAACUUUCUCAGAAAAGCAGCUAUAGCUCUAUUCUUCUGACAGAUCGCUAACAAGAUCCCGAUGAACAGCGAUCGUAACUGAGCUCCGACAGUCCAGCUGCAACCAUUCACUAGUCAAGUUGUUAAUCGUUUUCGGAAGUGCCAGUCACAUUAUCAGUUACGUUGGCGUCCAUUGCGGAAGUCUUUAGAGGAAUCCCAAGCCGAGUGGAGGCGUGCCAUUACCCUGAGUUGCACGUUUGCAGAUUUACCUCAAAGGUGAAAUCUUCCAAAUUGAAAAGAUGACAAUGAGUUACACACUUCUGCGGGGAAACCAUUGAUUGAAACUUCAUUCGAUAAGGCGAGAGUGAGAGCAGAUGCAUUCUCUUUAUGUUGAUAGUUGUAAACAAAUGCAGUUUCGCGUGUAUACGUUGUUGAUGAUUUUGUUGCAGAUCCUUGCAACAACUUCAGCGAAUGAAAAGCGGAGAUGUCUGGGGGGUCUUUGCCUGCCACCUGAACUAUGCCGCCCUGUGAGCGUAAACGUGUACGAUGAGGUGCAUUUGGAUUUUUUCAGUUUUGAUCGUUCCAGUUCCGACGAAUGCCGCCGCGCAAAUCGCAAAUGCUGCCCCUUCAAUCGGAUUGUAAGAGAACCGGAAACGGAUGCGCCAGACGAAAAAGAGUUAGUUUGUGCGGCAAGGAACAACAAUGGCGUGGGAAAUUUUGUGUACCCUGAUAAAACGAAGGCAAAAUAUGGUGAAUUCCCAUGGAUGUCCUUCGUUUACACAACGGAAGACGACUACGAGAUCUACCUUUGCGGAGGUACCCUGAUACAGUCCAAGGUAGUUCUAACCAUUGCUCACUGCCUCGAGGGAAAGACGCCGGAUCAGCUGCGGGUUCGUUUUGGAGAGUGGGAUCUUGAGGAUAUGAUCGAGAUAUAUCCGCCGCAGGAUCGAGCAGUUCAAAAGAUGAUCAUUCACCCUCACUUCUAUGGAGAACUUCUGCAGAAUGAUAUCGCUAUCCUGUUUCUGGACGACCACGUCUGGUUUACGGAAGUCGUUGGGACGGUUUGUCUGCCACCGCAGAAUUCUAAUUUUGACAACAAACGGUGUGUGUUUUCCGGCUGGGGAGAGGACAUCAACGGAAGGAAUUCUUCCAUACUGAAAAGAACGAAACUGCCAAUCGUGACCAGAACUCAGUGUCAGAAAGCGUUGAGGAAACAGCUGAACGAUCGAUACUUUCAGCUGCAUGAAGGAUUUCUGUGUGCCGGUGGUGAAUCGGGGAAGGAUGCCUGUAAGGGUGAUGGCGGAUCGCCAUUGACUUGUCGUAUUCCAAAUUCUGAAAAUCAGUACUUUUUAGUGGGGAUCGUGGCGUUUGGGGCGGAGUGCGGGGCUCAGGGAGUGCCCGGUGUUUAUGUGAAUGUUCCUUAUUAUCGAGAUUGGAUAGACGGGGAGAUUGCCAAAAUGUAUCACAAGGACAUAUUUGUAAACUAGCUGUCGAAAAUAAAGCGUUCGAUUUUAAAAGUGAA